AUUUGGAAAAACCAACAGCGCCAAUCAGAGCUUUGUGGGCAGGAUCAAGAAUGGGGACGUUAUGUUCCUGCUGCCAACACCAGAAAAAUUACGAAAGGCACGGCAACGAAAAUGGCGGCAAGCGUGGAAGAGGAGGGUGCAGCUGUACAGGUUGUUCCUGACCUGCGACUGGCAAUGGACUACAUGAACAACUCCUCCAACAGCUACAGCUCCGGAGACACCAUGAGCUCCUCCUUAGCCAACAUCACCAUCAACGACCAGCACCACCAGGAGAACGGAAUAAUGAAAGAAACUGAAGCAGCUCUCAGUGAAAACGGGCCUAAACCUGUGUCUGAACUCUGUGAUGACAAGGUGCAACCUGCAGAGACGUCUGCAGAGAAGGGCGGUGUUGAAGCAGCAGUGCCUGAGCUCUCAGAGAUAGAGAGCACCUCGUGUGAAGACGAGGGGCAGCUUGCAGCUGGAGGAGCAGCUUCAACAGCUCAAGCAAAGAUGGAUAACGGCUCUGCAGAUAAGACCCAAACUGCCAUCAAACCAACCUCUUCCCCUAAAAGAACAUCCAUAGUCACCAGGGGCAACAAAACACACGCUUCUUCCCGAAAUGGCCCCAGCUCCAUCCCCAUUAAAGCCAGCAGCCCGGGGCCCAGGCAGCCCGGAAGUCUCGGUGGUGCGAAGUCUCAAACCCCCGGAGCCAGAAUUGCUGUCAGAACUUCAGCUCAACCUGCUAGUGCCAAGAAACCUCCCACUCCAAAAAAUGAAAAAGAUGGGAGUGGACAGAGCAGCCCUGGCGGCACAAAAUCUCCCUCUACCCAGGCACUUUCUGCAAAGGCGGCGGCCGAGGCCAACAAAGUGAAGAAGGUGGCGGUGGUGCGUUCUACGCCCAAAUCCCCGGGCUCGCUGAAGAGCCGCCCGCCAGCCCCUCUGGCUGCAGCGGCACCCAUGCCGGACCUGAAGCACGUCAGGUCCAAGAUCGGCUCCACAGAAAACAUAAAACACCAGCCUGGAGGUGGAAAGGUACAAAUCCUUGAUCAGAAGUUGGAUUAUAAAUGUGUCCAGUCUAAGUGUGGCUCCAAAGACAAUGCGAAACAUGUACCCGGUGGCGGCAAUGUCCAAAUCCUCGACAAGAAGCUGGAGAUAGCUAACGUCCAAUCUCGUUGUGGCUCUAAAGACAACAUAAAGCACACCCCUGGUGGAGGCAAGGUGCAAAUUCUUGAAAAGAAGCUGGACUUAAGCAAUGUGCAGUCCCGAUGCGGCUCCAAAGAUAAUAUAAAACAUGUACCCGGUGGUGGCAAUACUUCACAGGUUCAGAUUACGCACAAAAAGGUCGAUCUGACCAACGUUCAAUCCAAAUGUGGAUCGAAAGUCAACAUUCGUCAUAAGCCAGGUGGUGGAAAUAUCGAGAUCAAAAAUGAGAAGCUGGAGUUCAAAGUUCAGUCCAAGGUCGGCUCUCUUGACAACAUCGGCCACGUCCCUGGAGGUGGCGGGAGAAGGAUUGAGAGCCACAAACUGAGCUUCCGUGAGUCCGCCAAGGCCCGCACUGACCACGGCGCUGAGAUCGUGUCUUUGGAAGACUCCCCUCACCAGCUCAGCACCGUGUCCUCCUCCGGCAGCAUCAACAUAGCCGACUCUCCGCAGCUCUCCACGCUGGCUGACCAGGUGUCCGCCUCUCUGGCCAAACAAGGCUUGUGAACGCACCCCCGCCACCUCCACCUCCCUCCACCUCAACCACACGACCACGUAGAGGAGUUGUGAUGCCUUCCUCGUUAUUUUCACAGGACCUUUUUAGCUACCCAUCACUGUUUAUCCUUCACUAACCUUUGAAACUGUUCUUGAGGCAUUACUUGUAGAGAGAGAGAGAGAGAGGAAAAAAUAUUAACAAGUAGGCCAACGUGUAUUUAAUUUCUCUCUGUGGUCUCUUUAUUUGCUAUUUCUACCUUUUGUAAGUCUCCCUUUAAGAGUUAAAGCACCCGAGCAGAGCAACAUUCUCCCUGUGAAUCUAAAGAUCUUCUCGUCAUACAUAUCCUGGUGAAUCAUUUAGCACUUGGUUUCCUGUCACAUUGACUGUAAACCCUUUUAGAGAGGUAUGUAUUCAAUGUACUCGUUCCCUUUGAUGGGUGUCCCCUGAUAUUUCCUUUGAUAAAACUUGGAAGAGAUGUAGGCAGACUGCUGGGGUCCAGUUUAUGCUAAAGCAGAAGGAGCAGUUAACAGGGUACGGUGAGGGGGGUCGGAGGAAAGCUGUUUAAAAAGAAAAGUAGCAAAUUAAUUGUGCAAGGCAGAAAAAAUGCUUUCAGACCUCAGUGCUGUCUUUUGCUUUGUGUAGUCCCAACAUGACGGGGGUGUAACCUGGAUAAAAAAAGAAAAAAAACAGAACUGCUAGAGUAGAAACUUUGGUUUGUGUUGGGCACAGUUUUAUAAUCGUAUUCUGUGGAUAUAUGACAUGUAUUUGAUAUGAAGAAACAUUUGUAUUGUGCCUGCUACUGUCAGUGUUAUUUUAUUUUUUGUUACUGCUCUAUUGAAAACGCGCUAAAAGCUUGAGAAGGAAAAUUAACCUUAAGGCAUUUUAAAGUGUAACUUUCAUGGCCAAAUUAUUAAGAGGGAUAGGGAGUAGAGUUCGUCAUCGAUUACAGUAUUUAAACUGCUAUAUGCACAUUAAAGGUAGGUAGAAUAAUGCUCAUCACAAUUACUGGAAAAUAUUCUUAAAGCGAGACGACGUAAAAUGAUCAGAUAAUAACUAAUGUAUCGGUGUUUAACUAAAGCUGCUGGCUAUGAAUUUGUCUUUUAUUUUGUAAGAAGAAGAUUGUUAUUUCCACUCAAACGUUACAUAGUCUCACUUUAAAGGUUGGAAAACAAAACCUAGUAUUUUAAAAUGUACUCAACCAGAAUGAAUAUUGUAAAGCAGAUGGGUGGAUGAUGACGGAUGAUGACGGAUGAUGACGGAUGAUGACGGAUGAUGACGGGUUGAUUGGGCCAAGAGAUGAGGGAAAACUGUACAGCAAUGAGUUCAUGCAUCUCUGUACCUGAGCGCUGGACACAGGACUCAACAUGAUGCCGCUCCCAGCUGGUUGCUCUGAUCUCAUAAAAUACUCCAGUUCUCGGCUAAGACGAAUCUACACUACAUGGCCAAAAGUAUGUGGACGCCAAAUGACGUAUCUCGCAAUGUUAACACCAUAAUGUAAAGGGUUGUUCCUUACACUAUGCUACACCCUUCCACCAAGUUUCAUGAACAUUGGGCUAGUAGUUUCUCUGUAAUCCUGCUGACAAAGGAAACCAAGAACAUAACCCUCUUUGCAGAGCUAAUAGUAUAUUAAUAAUUCACAAGCUCAAAAGCAAAGAUUAAAGCAAAGUACGCAAAACUACAAAUGAUUUUGUAACGUAGCAUGCUGCAGCCUGUAGGUUUCAUUAGCACUAAGAGGUCCAGCCCAAACCACGAAAAAACAAGUGCAUUGAAUUAGAAGAGCCGUCCACAAACUUUUGUCCACAUGGUGUAUUUCAUAUCAAGACCCCAUGGAGAUUAGAAAAGAUUCUGAGUGAGUUAUUCAACUAUUUACUUUACUGUAAAGAUGCAACCAGCUGUUUACCUCAAUUUGAAAUAAGAACGUUCCUUUAAAAACCUAAGUCCGUCCAUGUGCUCAAAAACGUCCUAAUGUUGAUCAAUAUUCCCAAUGAUUCAUCACUAUUACUCACAUUAAUAUUAAGUGAAACAACUUCUUGCAUGCACCUCAUGUAAGUCUGCUUGUUGCCUCCCCUUUCUCAAAGUGGUCUCUUCGUAUAUCCUGUUUAUUAAACGCUUUCUGGAUAUGGAAAGACAAACUGAUCGAGGACACAAAAAAAACCGUGGUUAUGUAAAGUCGAAACACUUUGUUCCCAAUUGUGUGUUUAACAUGUUGCCAACAUAGAUAUAAGUGUUUUAUCUCUAUGAUCGCAAAGAUGCUACUUUAAGUUAGCAGAUAGGACUUAAGAGUGCGCUUGCAACAUUAUCUGCAUGCUAAAUUCUUGGUUCUUCUUUUUCUCAAAUAGACCACAUCUGUCUCAGAGUGCAGGACAGACAUGAGUGCGCAGAGAGAAGUGUGCAGUAAUGUGCUUUGGUGGGUCCUCAUGUCAUGAGGUACUCUGCAGUAACAAAACUCAUCACCUUUUAGUUUGGUUGCUUCUGACGCUGUACAGUUGUGGAAAUGUGAUUGUUCUUGUUAUUGUGCAUUUGAUCAAUAACUGGUUUAUGAUGAUUCUUGUCGCUGUAUGUGUAUUUGAAAAUAAAUGCUAUGAAGUCAC